AACAAGAAAUUAAUAAAAAGUUAACCAUUGUUUUAGAUCAGCAAGAAAAAGAAGCAUUUAUUAAUAAACUUCGUACAAUGGUCUGUUGUAAAACCAAAGCAUGUUUAACUAAAAUUGACCAUAAAUCUGCAUUUAAAAAUUUUGAUAAUAUUCAAAAAUUAGCAAAAGUUGAGUACAAUAUGUUUUUAUUAGAGAUGCUUUAUGCAAUGGUUCGUCCAAAUAAAACUUUACGUGGUAAAGAAAAACAGUACUUAACUCAUGCACUUUCAGAAAGAAAGUCUAAUCAUGCUUUAUCGUUCGCAACUGUUUUAAAUGUCCUUACAUUUGUUGUUAAUUAUGCAAACUGUCAUAGAUUGCCAUUACCAG